AUGCCUUCCUCCACAAGGUCAAGAUCAAUCUCACCCGAGUCGCCUCGAGUACCCACACCAACAGCCAACGACUUUCCCACCCCCGCCGGCCAGAUAUUCACAGUGACCAAGCGUGACCAGGGUCUGGUGUCACCUGCCGAAUCUGCCUUUUCCUUCUUCGAUGAGGGUUCGCCGCACGCUAUGUCAACCUCAGACUUGAUGGAGGAGAAGGCAAUAGCCAGACCCAUAGAUCGGGGGACGCCGGGAGAAAGUACUUAUGCAUCGAUCAUUACUGGCAACCAGCAACAAAAUGAACUUCGAAGAAACAAGAGCCAGUACUACACAGAAGUCUUUUCCUACCGGGAACCGAACUUAUCCCCAAGAGAUCGGAUCAGCAAAGACUCGGUGAUCACUGCCGAGAUCAAGACGAACGUCAUCAUCACCGACGAAAUUCACUUCUUGCAAGAUUUCUCCCAGCAUAUGUCCCAACGAUACCAAAGACCUAUCUCCUCUAUAUUCAUAACCCUCAAACAUUCCGAGUGCCUCCUCUAUGCCGGUACUUUCGACCAAGCCUACAUUCUCACAGUUAGCGCCCUACCUUCGCAAGUUCUUCCCACAACAAAUAAACGCAAUGCCGCCUUGAUACAAGCCUUUAUGGCCGACUCGCUUGGGGUGGCGGCUACAAGAGGGGUUGUGCGAUUUGUCGCCAUACCAGAAGAGAAUUUUGCCUUCAACGGUACAACCGUCUUUGGGCAGAUCGAGAACUUGCAGAAGUCUCCAAACAAAGAGAAUUUCUCGGACGCUGCAUCAAUCAGUGGCAUGAGGUCCGCGUUGCACAGUCGGGCAGCAUCGCGAGCGCAGAGUCGGAGACCCUCAGUAUCGAAGCCGCCAUCGAGGGACGGAUACUCGUUCUACCCGACGACGAGGCCGCCGAGUCCACACCUAAGGGGACCACCUAUACCAACAUUACCUAACGGCAACGAUGCGAUGGAUAGAAGAGCGGAGAAGGCACAGAAGGUGGGUAAAAGGAGGAGCUUUUUUGGUUUCUUUGGGCGAUGA